CUUAUUUUUUUUUUUUUUUUUAGAGAUUUUUAAGGUUGUGCAUUCUACAUAAUUCUGUACUUUCUUCGAUAUGGAUCGAUCUACAAUUAUUAGUUUUUUGAAACCCUGCCCACACUGUGCACGCACUUUUGAUUCAUAUUCGCUGAAACGCCACGUUGCUAUAUGUUUGAAGGCCUCGAAGAAACGAGAAGUUUUCGACUCGAUCAAACAGCGAUGGAAAAACGACAAAGAAGACUAUAAAUUUACGCGUGUUGAAAAACCGAUGGCAUGUCCCAACAAUAAAAAGGAACAGGUGGUGAUGGAGCAAAAGAAGGAUAAGAAGGAAACGAAGGUGGAAAAUAAUGUGGUGACACCAAGGCCUGAAGUUCAGAAUAAGAAGAAGCAAGUGGCCAAUAAGAAGGUGAAGCCUACUGAUCAGGAUGGAAAUAAACAAGAGGUGAAAAUGAAGAUGAUCGUGGUCCAAUUACAAACGGUGCCAUCCCAAAAGGAUAAACGCGUGCAAGCUUUGAGCAAGUCCUCGCUGAUGCGCAUGAACAUAGAUCCUGCCGAAAUUAUCCGCGUGGCACGGACAUCGUUGCGAUCUUCGCCUUUAUCGGCGCGAGUUUCGCCGUUAUCAAUGAGAUCGCCGCCAUCGACGGAUCGAUCAUCAACGAUAUUCGUGCGAUCAUCGCCGGCAUCAGAGCGAUCUUCGCCGCCCAAGUCGGAGCCGCCGUUGGUCAGUCGCCGCUUUGUUCCAAACUUUUACAACAAAGCGUUACAAACCUGCGUCCAUUGCGGUCGCAGCUUCAAUGAAAAGGCUUACGAUUCACACGUGGCAUGGUGCGGGGAGAAGCACAGCGGUACGAAAUUUGAUACAACUUUUCAAACUACCACGAUCGGCAAUGAAGAGGCCAAGCAGCGCAUGAAUCGCCGCAUAAACUACAAGCCGCCAUUGCCCAAAUCGGCAAGAAAAUAGAAAGCUUGCAACAUUAUUGCAACUUUCGCCAGAAAUGCCUACAAAAUUCCUAGUUUUAGUCUAAGGACAAAUAAAAUAGUUUAUUUGAUAUUACUUGUUUAAUAAAUCAAAAUUUACGAAGCGCUCUCAGAACAUACUGAAGUCGACACGAAGUGAAGUUGCAACAUGCCGCAAGUUGCGUUUUCGUUGUUGUCUACACUAUUAUAAAGUGUGUGAAUUUUAAUUAUUUUCUGAUUUUCACUUGAGCCUCGCGUUCCUUUAUGACACAUGUCCAAAAGAGUCACAAAAAUCGAAACCACGAAAGCGCAACCGACACCAAAAGGAGAACGGAGAAGGGAGAGAAGCGAUUGUGGUUGCCAGCAAAAGAUGAAAAUGGUUUUUUAUAACGUGACAUUUGAGAGCGCUUCACAAGGCGAUGGAUUCAUUUACUAAGUUUUCACAUAUGUACUUAUAAUACUAUAUAUUUAUAAAUAUAGUAAAUGUAUAAUGAACAAUAA